AUGGAGCGCCGGCAUUGCAUGUCGUUGCCGCUGCAGCAGCUGCUGCUGCUGCUUCUCGCAGCCGUGCUGCUGCUGUGCUGCCCCACACCAGCAGCAGCAGAGGGGAACUGCACGGCAGAAGACAUUAAGAUUAUUUGGAUGCCUUAUGUGCCUCCGCCGCAGCCGCAGCUGCCGCUGGCGCUGCCGCUGCCGGCGCAGCCGCAGCAGAAGCAGCGGCAGCAGCAGCAGCAGCUGCAAGGCACAGCCAGCGCCUUCGAGACCAUCCAGCACCUGGCAGCAGAAGCAGCAGCAGCUGCUGCCCGGGCGCACGAAGCGGUAACAGCAGCAACGAGCGCAGCUUCCGCUGUUGUUGCUGCUGAGGUUUCGGAUGCUUCUGCUGCAGGUGCUGCUGGCAGCAGCAGCAGCGACAGCAGCAACCUGCGAGACUCGAUGGAGUCUGCUGUGUCUUUCGGAGGCCGGGCGGCCCGCGAGGCGGCGCACGCGGCGCAGUAUGCGGGUGCAGCAGCAGCAGCAGCAGCAGCAGCAGCAGUGGCAGCGGCCGCAGUGGCCGCAGCAGCAGCAACGGACUCGCAGCAGCAACCCCCAGCAGCAGCAGCAGCAGCAGCCCUCCCCCUACCCAGUAGCCGCCGCGCCGGCCCACACCCGUCUUCGCAUUUUUUUAGAAUUUUGGAUGAGUGCGGCCGCAGGUCUUUGGGGGAUGCAGAGAAGACCACCAACUGCGUGCUGCUGCAGGUGCAGCAGCAAAUGCAGCAAAACAUUUCCAGGGCCUGCGUCAGCUGCUUCGGGGUGGCCACGGCUUGUGCUGCUUCCGUCUGCCGCAGGUCUUGUUUCAUCAACACUUGCUCAGAGCGGUGCAUCGAUAGGCUCUGCCGGUGCCGUGCGAAGAUUGAAGCAGGAUUGUUUUUUUUUUCAAAGUUUUGUGUCUCCUGUCUCUUUUAA